AUGCCCCUUCUUGACCACCGUUCAACAAUCUCAUAUGGCACCCUCGAUCAGAUGGAGCAAAACAAUCCAGAGGCGGAGGAACGCCUCCUCCCGGCGGGAUAUGAAGCUGAAGGAAAUGAUAGUGAAGUAGAGUCUUUGGUGGAUUCGGUUCAGGAUGGUGUCCGGAAGAUUGAAGCAAUCAAUCUGACAUGGACAACGCGAUCGUUGAUCAUCGCAUAUAUCAGCAUCUUUCUCAUGGCAUUUUGUACUUCUCUUGAGGGCCAGACUGUGAUGUCCCUCUCGGCCUAUGCGACCAGUGCUUUUAGCAAGCACUCUCUGAUUUCCACGGUAUUGGUUGUUCAGAAUGUGGUUAACGCUGUCAUCAAGCCCCCUAUGGCCAAGGUGGCCGACGUGUUCGGACGAUUCGAAGCAUUCUGUGUUAGCAUUUUGAUCUACGUCCUCGGAUAUAUCCAGAUGGCUGCGUCGACCAACGUCCAGACUUACGCGUCUGCUCAGAUCUUCUACUCUGCCGGCUCUACCGGUCUUCAAAUCCUUCAGCAGGUGUUCAUUGCCGACAGCAGUAGUCUACUCAACCGUGCGAUACUGGCGCUCUUGCCCGAGCUCCCAUUUCUUGUUACGGUCUGGAUUGGACCAACAAUCGCGGAUGCGGUGCUUGAGCAUGCAUCAUGGCGUUGGGGUUAUGGAAUGUGGUCGAUCCUCCUGCCGGCCUCAUUUCUUCCUUUGGCACUCUCGCUGUUGUUCAACCAACGCAAGGCUAGACGACUGAAUCUGAUCAAGCCCCGGCACCCGCAUCGACGGGGGCUCUGUGCCAUUAUUCGGCAUACGUGGUACGACCUCGACAUGUUCGGGCUGAUUUUGCUAUCUACGGCGGUGACCUUGAUUUUGGUCCCCCUCACCCUUGCUGCUAGUGUCAAGAACGGUUGGGAGAAUGGCAGCAUCAUCGCGAUGAUCGUGAUUGGUCUGCUCUGUCUCUCUGUUUUGCCGGCCUGGGAGACCUCGAAGAAACUCGCUCCCAAGCCUUUGCUAUCUCUGCACCUUCUCAAACAACAAACGGUGCUCGCUGGGUGUACCCUGGCCUUCUUUUAUUUUAUGGCGUUCUACUUCUCGGUCCAGCCCUACCUUUAUUCCUACCUGCAGGUUGUCCAGGACUAUGAUGUCGCCACAGCUGGCCGGGUGACCCAAACCUUUGCGUUUACAUCCACCAUUGCUGCCUUCUCCGUAUCGCUGCUGAUCAAAUAUACUCGGCGGUACCGUAUCUAUGUGACCAUCGGCUGCGUGAUCUACAUGUGCGGAAUCCUGUUGAUGUUGCUUUACCGUAAGGAAGGCAGCUCGCCGGCACAGAUCUUGGGAACCCAGAUUGUUGUUGGCAUGGGUGGCGGACUGCUCAAUGUUCCUGUGCAAUUGGGUGUUCAAGCGUCUGCCAGCCAUCAGGAGGUUGCUGCUGCCACGGCAAUGUUUCUAACAUCCAUGGAGAUGGGUGGCGCAGUUGGAGCUGCGAUUUCGGGAGCUGUUUGGACCCAUCAUAUUCCACGGAAACUCCUACUUUACCUCCCCGACGAGUUCAAAGGCGAUGCGGGUGAAAUAUUUGGGAAGUUAACCAAGGCAUUGUCUUAUCCGAUGGGAUCACCAGCCCGAAUUGCCAUCAAUCGCUCAUACCAGGAGACAAUGAACAAGCUUUUGGUUUUGGCGUUCGUUGCAACGAUUCCGUUGAUUCCGUUGAGUCUACUGAUGACCAACUACAGAUUGGAUAAGAUGAGCGAAACGCCGCACCAUGAGCCGGUCCCGGUUGAGGAACCAGAGGCCGAAGGACGCUCGAAACAGACCUAG